CGAAUCCGUUCGUAUCCACUCGACAUACGUCAUCAAUUUUGCCACCAGGCGUGUCCGUAGCCUCUCGCUUUCCAUCUCCACAUUGUCUUUACGAUAUGGCGACUCUGUGUGUAGACGACUGCCCUUCGCUCCGAAAAACAGGUUUUUUAUUGUUCAAAACGAGCAUUAUUUUUGUGUUUCUAUUUAAUCCGUCUCUAACCACUCGGCUGUAUUCUGAGGAGGACUCGGUGGUUAUACUGACAAGCGCGACUGUCGAGCAGACUUUGCUCAACUCUUCCACCGCUUGGCUGGUCCAGUUUUACUCAUCGUGGUGUGGUCACUGCAUCCAGUACUCUCCUACCUGGAAGGCACUAGCUGGCGAUGUAAAAGACUGGGAGCAUGCCAUACGGAUUGGCGUCCUGGACUGUGCUCAAGAGAAUAACUUUGACAUCUGCAAGGAGUUUGGAAUUCACUUCUACCCCACCUUCAGAUACUUUAAAGCACGUGGCCCCACAUUUGAUGUUGGAAAAACAUACAGAGGUGCAGAUAGGGAGUUACAGACAGUGCGACAGCUGAUGGUCAACUUCCUCCAGAACCACACAAGACAGGACUGGCCUGUCAGCUGCCCUCCACUUGAGCCUUACAGCUCUGCAGAUAUAUUGCCUUUGAUUGGUCAGAAAUCCAACCAAUACACAGCUGUCAUUGUUGAGAACGAGGACUCCUAUGUUGGCAGAGAGGUUAUCUUGGACCUGAUGAUGUAUCAGGGGCUAACAGUGAAGAGGGCAUUGAGUUCAGAAAAGAGCCUCACAGAGAAGCUUGGCAUCAACUCUUUCCCCUCAGCAUACCUUCUCCACCCUAAUGGAACACAUGCCAUUCUGCAUGUGCAGAAAAGACUGCGCUUCUUCUUCUCCUCGUUCCUCAAGCUUCUCCUAGGGGUCCACAGAAAGCUGAGCACCUCUGGAGCACCCCAGAAGCCCCUACUGGAGGGACCACGAGGUCCCGGGACGGCUGAGGCCUUGAAGGACUUUGAGAAGUCCAAGGUGUACAUGGCGGACCUUGAGUCAGGGUUGCACUACCUGCUGAGAGUAGAGCUGGCUACCCACCAAACCCUGGAGGGAGAAGAGCUCAAGACCUUCAAAGACUUUGUGACAGUGGUUGCUAAGCUCUUCCCUGGUCGCCAGUCUGUGGUAAAACUCUUAGAGACUCUUCUGGAAUGGCUGGUCAGUCUUCCCCUGGAGAAAAUCCCCUUUGAUGCCAUCCUCGACUUGGUCAACAACAAGAUGCGGAUUUCAGGGAUGUUCCUGAGUGACCAGCUGCAAUGGGUGGGUUGCCAGGGAAGCAGAGUCGGACUGAGGGGCUACCCCUGUUCACUGUGGACCCUGUUCCAUGUGCUGACCGUCCAGGCGGCUAGCCGGCCCGACGCAUUGGCCAACACCGGCCUGGAGGAGAAUCCCAAGGCAGUGCUGCAGACAAUGCGCAAGUACAUUGUGAACUUCUUCGGCUGCCAGGAGUGUGGGAAGCACUUUGAGGAGAUGGCCGUGGCGUCUCUGCCCCAGGUGAAGUCUGUGGACCAGGCGGUACUGUGGCUCUGGAGGAAACACAACCAGGUCAAUGGACGCCUCGCAGGAACAAUGAGUGAAGACCCUCACUUCCCCAAGACCCAGUGGCCCAGCCCGGACCUCUGCCCCACCUGCCACGAGGAGCAGGAUGGCAUCCACGUGUGGAACGAAGACAAGGUGCUCAUGUUCCUCAAGCAGCACUACGGGGCCGCCAACAUCUCCCCCAAACACAUGUACAGCAGUCAGCAUGAGCCAAACCAGGAGGCCCUCGGAUCUCCUGACAACAAGCCCAUUAAAGCCACACAGGAAAAGACAGUGGCCCCUGAGAGCUCCCUACUCCAUGCCAAGCAGAGUGACGUGGAGGGAGCAGGGCAGGCGGGCACAGGGGCCCACAGGGAGACCAGGCCGGGGGUAAGCUUCCUGGGUCUGGGCUUCUCCAGUGUGGACAUGAGUCUGUGCGUUGUGCUCUACGCUUUCUCCUGUGUCUUUCUCAUGGUCAUGUUCUUCUUUUUCCGAGUCCGCUCCAAAAGGUGGAAGAUCCGCUACAAUCGUCCAUAUGUAUAGCAGUCUACUGGUCCAGGUCUGCACAUUUGACUGAGUUUUGUUUUUUUGGAAUUGAGUUUUCCUUUUUAAAUGUAGAUUAGAAGGUUGCAUUUUUUAUUUAUUUGUUUAUGUUUUGUAUAAUAUUUGCUGUGAAGAAACAGUCUCCAGAUGUUGAAGUAUUUCACAAUAGUGACUGGUUGAAACAGUUUUAGUCCCAUAACAGAACCCCAUAACAUUGUCAUGGGGGAAGGACUUGACUGUACACAAUUCAUUCCCAAUACAAUGUCUCUUAGCUAUGAUGGUAAGGAAUUAUUUUUAGUAUAAAGCCGUGACAGAGUCCAAUUAAUCAAGUGUUUUUUUAUAUCUUUCUAUCUAAUUCAACGGUAUUGGUCAUGUUUUAAUGGACUAAGGAAGCUCUGGAAUAUUUGUAUUGACUACUACUAAAAUCUUACUGUGUGAAUUUAUGAUUUCAACCUCAAUGUAUUAUUUUCCAGACAUAUCAAGGCGAUCACUUAUUACAACCUAUUAAUGUUGGCCCAUAACCAUGAGAAAGAGAGGUAGCAAGUACAGCCUUAUUUUACCCAAGUGCUUGUUGUCUAAAUACUUGGUGUGCAUUUGAAGUCCUCUGUAUUCUCUCAGACCCUAGGUGGCCUUAACGUGAUUUCAUUAUUCAUUCUAGUCAAGAUAAUAUGUGGUAUUACUGUUAAAAAGUUUGGGGUCACUUAGAAAUGUCCUUGUUUUUAAAAUAUUUUUGUCAAUUUUUAAAAUAACAUCAAAUUGAUCGGAAAUACAGUGUCGACAUUGUUAAUAUUGUAAAUUACUAUUGUAGCUGGAAACGGCUGAUUUAAAAACUUUUUUUUUUAAAUGGAAUCUCUACAUAGGCAUACAAAGGCCCAUUAUCACUCCUGUGUUCCAAUGGCACGUUGUAUUAG